CACUCCACACUCUCCUUCGCUCCUCUGCCGCAGCUGCAUCAACACCCGCAAUGGCCUUCAAGCUUGCCGUCUUCGCCGCCGUCCUGGCCGUGGCCCGUGCCGGCUACUUGGGCGCCCCCGCCGUGGCAUACGGCGCCGCCCCCGCCUACGCUUCCUACGGCGCGCACGCCGUCGCCCCCGCAGCCAUCACCUCCCAGCACUCCAACAUCCUGAGGAGCUACGGCAACCUGGGACAGGUGUCCACCUACUCCAAGACCAUCGACACCCCCUACUCCAGCGUCAGCAAGUCUGACGUGCGCGUCAGCAAUGACGCGCUGGCCCAUGUCGCCGCCCCCGUGGCCUACGCCGCCCACGCCGCCCCCGUGGCUUAUGCUGCCCACGCCGCCCCAGUGGCCUACGCCACCCACGCCGCCCCCGUGGCCUACGCCGCCCGCCCCGCCGUCGUCAAGGCCGCCGCCCCCGCCGUCGGUCUGCUGGGAGUCGCCUACUCCGCCGCCCCCGCCGUCGCCCACAUGACCUACAGCAACGGUCUGGGUCUCAGCUAUGCCUGGUAG